AUGGUGGGUAGAGUUGCGCGUGUGGCUCCGCGGGGCCGGAGAAAGGGGAAUGGAGGCCAAAGCCCUGAGUUUGAGAGGGCGGGAGCGGGAAGAGCGAAAUAGCUAGGAAUUUGAAUGGGUUUGGUGGUGGAGCUGCGAUCCUGUUCCCCUUGAACGGCUUGGAGUUAACGGCUCCGGGUCACCGUCUCGGCCCUCAAAACACCCCCCACCUCAACAUUCCUCAAAUAUCCCCCCCUUUCGGGCUCCAGUUGGUACAGCCCGUCUCCCCUCUUUUUCCUGCUCUCUUGGCGCGGGCUUCCCUCUCAUGACCCCUUUGGGCCUCGUGACGGGCCCGUCCUCCGUGCGCAUGAUUGCCUGCAGGGCAGCCCGCCUCAUCUAGCUUGCUGGGGGUGAGCAGCUUGAAUAAAAUACAGUGGUACCUCUGGUUACGUACUUAAUUCAUUCCGGAGGUCCGUUCUUAACCUGAAACUGUUCUUAACCUGAAGCACCACUUUAGCUAAUGGGGCCUCCUGCUGCCGCCGCGCCGCCGAAACACGAUUUCUGUUCUCACCCUGAAGCAAAGUUCUUAACCCGAGAUACUAUUUCUGGGUUAGCAGAGUCUGUAACCUGAAGCAUAUGUAACCCGAGGUACCACUGUAUUGGGUGGGGUGGGGGGCAGGUAAGCCCCGCCCCAAAUAAUCGAUCACAUUGACGCAAUGCAUGCACACCUUUUGAAUGGCAAUGGCCAUCAACUUGGGGGGGGGGCUCGGACCCCUCAAAUAUUUUAUUGGGGGAGCCGAAAAGCCCCCCAGGAGUUGGCUCCUGUGCUCGCUAGGGAGUUUCUGGGUUUAUCGUGUUUUUAAUAUUCUGUUGGGAGCCACCCAGAGUGGCUGGGGAAACCCAGCUAGAUGGGCAGGGUAUAAAUAAUAGAUGAUGAUGAUGAUUAUGAACGUUCUCCCGGGAACAUGAGGAUUCCCCUCCUUUCCAUGAAGAGCGAGAGACAGGAUUGGUGCUUGAAAACAUUCACAUUCUGCCCUGGCUGCCUCUUGUUCAGAUCUCUCAGACUUGGGCUUGCAAACUGAAAGAUUUAAUACUGAACUGAAAAGGCGCGAUUUAAAGAAUGUAAAAGGAGGCAGGAGAUAUCACUGGCGCCUGGGAGAGCUCAAAAGAUGCACUUGAAGACACCUUGCAGACACUAAGCAGGCCCCUGGGUCUGGUCUGCACUUAAAUGGGAUAUUGCCAGGGAAUUGCUCCUAUGCUUCCUGGAGUCCCAUGAUGAAAGGCAGGGUGUAGAUAUACAUAAAUAACUAGAACUCGCAAAAAAAUGCGUUGGUGUGGCUCUAGGAGGUGAGUGGCAGUGGGCAUAGUGCACACACAUUUUGCAGGUGAAAAUAGUGUUAUGACGCCUCUGGUUCUUUGAACACCUCAGCCUCUACCAUUAUACUGAAGGUUCAAGUCACCCUGCUGCAUGUGAAUAGGCAGUGGUAGUGUGGAAAGGGGGGGAGGAAGGAAUUGCUAACCUUUACAGGCCUGUCUAUGAUGCACCUGCUCAGCCAUAACUGGGAAGCUGGGAGGAGGCUGCAAACACUGGCCAGAUUUGAGAAUGGAAUUACCAUUAAACCCACCUUUUAACAUGGGAACUGCUUUAUUUGUUAGCACGUUACUUACUUAUCUUUCUGUCACCUGGUUUUGGGGGGGGUAUCAAACAUUUUAAAAAAUGUGUCACUGGAAUCACUUUAAAUCCCAGCCUGUAACAAGAAACCCAUUUUAUUUUUUAGUUAGUUAGUUUCUUUUUCACAAGCCAAACAAACACUUAAAGAAGCAGAAAUACUGCAGGGUGCCAUUUGAUCUCACUUAGAAUGGAGUGUGUACUGUUUGGGAUCCUAACUCAUCACUUAAAGCAACUUUCCCCCAAUUUGGCCAUCUGCAAGUUUUUUGGGCUACAACUCCUCUAAAAGUGGUCAGGGAUAGCGAAAGUUGCACUCCAAAACACCUGGAGGACAAAAGAUUGAGAAAAGUUGACUUCCAGUGAUGGGUCAUGGCCUGAUCCAGGGUGGGUCACAACAGGAACAUGACCACUAUGCAGAUAUAUGGAAAAGGUUCAGAAAUAGGUCUCCAAAUUCAUGUUUGGACCAGCUGCAUCAGUCCUACAGCCGUCCACUGUAGCCCAUUCUGUAUCCAGAAGUGGUUGGGCAGAUACUUCUGGAAAGCUUGUGAAUGGGACACAAAAGCAACGGUGCUUUCUUACUAUCAGUGCCUGAUGUCCAUGGGUAAAAUCUAUAAUAACAUGGAAAUCCUAUUUAACUGCCAUAAAUGUCGCAACUCUUUCUUUUCAAAAUCAUUUAAGCCAUGGGUGUUUCCAAGAUUUAUGUUAAGGGGGGGCAGGAUGAGCUACCUGCGACACAAUGGGUCACUUAACAGAAGCCACACCUAUCACGAAGCUGGGUUGCCAAUUGCAUUGCUAGAACAUGCCACAACAUCCCAAGUGAUCUCAGAGAGCAUUUCAAUUUCAAAUAUUCUGAUUAUUUCUGCUUUUAGUUAAGCCAUUUUUAUUUUUUUUAUUGGGGAGGUUAGCUGCCCCACUCCUGGCUAUGCCCAUGAUUUAAGCUAGUAGCUGUCACCAUAUAUCGUAAUGAACCAGAAGCCAGUGCUGUUGAAGCUCACAGGUGAGGACAUUAUGAUACUUAAAUCCAUUAGCUUCGUUUGACCCCAUCAACAGCUUAUCAGAGGUAUACUGAACGUUCAGACUUAUUCGUUAGUUGCGGUGUGAAUUUCGGUGAUUUUAGGGAUCUCUGCUUUUAUUUCAGGCAUAGGCAAACUGCCCUCCAGAUGCUUUGGGACUACAACUUCCAUCAUCCCUAGCUAACAGGACCAGUGGUCAGGGGUGAUGGGGAUUGUAGUCCCAAAACAUCUGGAGGGCCAAGUUUGCCUAUGCCUGUUUUAUUUGCUGCAAAGUUUCCUUGUCUAUCUCUGGAGCUGAUGCUUUCCAGAGAUGCCCAUGUGAGAGGUAUUUCGAAUAUACUGCUUGGUAUUGAGCAGUGCUUUUCCUGUGUUCUGUAGUGCUAUGUUGGUUCUCCAAUACCUUAAUAUUUAUAAAUUUCUGUCUCUUUAAACAGACCAAGAAGAGAAGGAAUAACGGCCGUGCCAAGAAGGGCCGGGGACAUGUCCAGCCUAUUCGCUGUACCAACUGUGCCCGCUGCGUCCCAAAGGACAAGGCCAUUAAGAAGUUUGUCAUCCGAAACAUAGUAGAAGCAGCCGCAGUCCGAGAUAUCUCGGAAGCAAGUGUGUUUGACUGUAAGUAUCUUAUGUCUCCAUACACUACUUCUGAUUUAACAGUAUUCAUAAAGUUUGAGAAGGGUGGAAUGAAGACGGAUUUCUUUGUGUAAAAACAGAAAUCAAAUCCCAUUAUGACUCUUAAUUGAAGUGUGUUGUAUGCUUAGUCUGCUUUGUUCUGUCAGAAUAAACAUGAGGCAUACUUCUCUUUAAAGUUUUAAGCUCCUGAAUAUUUUUCUUUUAAAAUACUAUUUUAUAUGCUGGUUUUCCUUUGGAAAAUUCAGAGCCCAUUAAUGAGCUUAACCGGCAGUACUCCAUCCAUUGGAAGACUUCGGAAGCUUUUCAUGGGUGCUAUAUAAGAACUGGAUUUUGCCUUUCUGUGAUGCAAACGUUGCAUGCCUGUGUACUUAGCUCUGUUGCUUCUUCCUUUCUCUCCAGCAUAUGUGCUGCCCAAACUCUAUGUGAAGCUUCACUAUUGUGUUAGCUGUGCCAUCCACAGCAAGGUGGUGAGGAACCGUUCCCGUGAGGCCCGGAAGGACCGUACCCCUCCACCCCGGUUCAGGCCUGCUGUAAGUGUAUUGUCUUAAAGCUGUUCUUAAAGUUAUGCACUUCAAAACCUCCUAGCUGGUGAGGCACCAUCAGCAUUGAAAUGCCCCUUUGCACUAAGAUAUUGCAUUGUUAUGUAACAAAAUGUCCCGAGCAUAAAAAUUGAGCACUUUCCUUCCUGUGAUCCCCUGUUUUAAAAAAACAUAGGGUUUUUGUGUGUCUGCUUUUUCUGAGGUUCUUGAUCUAUGCCCUUUUAUACCAGCUGGCAUCCUUUCCCAGUUUUUUUGUAGGAAGCCUUGUGUGUGUGGCUUACAGUAGAGAUUUGCAGUUUGUAUUGAGUGCCAAUGAAAAGUUACAUGGGGAAGAGUUUGGAAAUAAUGCGGAAUACAGGCACCAGAAUGUUGCAGGAAUAAUUGCAUCUCCGGGUUCUUACUGAACCUUAUAGUGGUUCUCAACCUGUGGGUCCCCAGAUGUUGUUGGACUACAACUCCCAUCAUCCCUGAGCUCUGCCCUUCUUAGGGGUGAUGGGAGUUGUAGUUCAAGAACAUCUGGAGACCCACAGGUUGAGAAAGGCUGUUAUAGAUCCACAGUCUGCCCCAGGAAGCAGCUGCACUGCAGCUCCUACUGUGCCACCUGUGUACAUGGUAAUGUAUAGUGACAUAAGCCAGGAUUCAUUAAAAUGCCUAAUCUCAAAGUUGAAGAUGACGCCAAAAGGGCAAGGCCAGCUCCCCAGACUGCUUCCCUUGCAUUGUUCAUUUGUUGCAACUCACCUGUAUCAAAUUGGUCUUGUGAUGGCAAUUGAGUAUUGUCUUGAUUUAAAUAACUGUGUCAUAAUUAAGUGACUGUCCCCUAACACAACCUUUCUUUUUUCCCCCCCAGGGUGCUGCACCAAGACCACCCCCUAAGCCUAUGUAA